CAGGUGUUGGUAAAUCAUGCUUAUUGCUACAGUUUACAGACAAGAGGUUUCAACCAGUGCAUGACCUUACUAUUGGUGUAGAGUUCGGUGCUCGAAUGAUAACUAUUGAUGGGAAACAGAUAAAACUUCAGAUAUGGGAUACGGCAGGGCAGGAGUCCUUUCGUUCCAUCACAAGGUCAUAUUACAGAGGUGCAGCAGGGGCUUUACUAGUGUAUGAUAUUACAAGGAGAGAUACAUUCAACCACUUGACAACCUGGUUAGAAGAUGCCCGCCAGCAUUCCAAUUCCAACAUGGUCAUUAUGCUUAUUGGAAAUAAAAGUGACUUAGAAUCGAGAAGAGAAGUAAAAAAAGAAGAAGGUGAAGCUUUUGCACGAGAACAUGGACUUAUCUUUAUGGAGACGUCUGCUAAGACUGCUUCCAAUGUAGAAGAGGCAUUUAUCAAUACAGCAAAAGAAAUUUAUGAAAAAAUCCAAGAAGGAGUCUUUGACAUUAAUAACGAGGCGAAUGGCAUUAAAAUUGGCCCUCAGCAUGCUGCUACUAAUGCCACACACGCGGGCAAUCAGGGAGGACAGCAGGCCGGCGGAGGCUGCUGUUGAGUCUGUUUUUACUGUCUCGCUGCCCACAUGCAGCUACUCACUCAUUCGUUCACCCUCUCCUCCUGCUCAGCUGAGACAUGAAACUAUUCGAAAUGGCUUUAUGUCACAGAAGACUUUAAUCCUUCAAAUUCUUGUAUAACUUGGAAUAAAUGGUUAAUGUUCACUUAAAAAGACAGAUUUUGGAGAUUGUAUUCAUAUCUAUUUGCAUUUGAUUUCUAGGUCAAUUGAUGUGAUUAUUUUUGUUAAAUGUUGUCUUGUGCCCUUACCUACGAACUGAAUUGUAUUAAACACUACAAAGUCAUCUUGAGUAUUUUAAAUUGGUUUGUGUAGUUAGGUUUCCCAACACCUGUGGUUACCUAAUGUUUAAUAUUAUAGAACUGUCCUCAAAAAGUUUGUCAAUUUUCAAGGCUAUAAGGAAAAACAGAAGGACUCUUUUAAUUCUGUAUUUAUCAUUUACUUUCUGUAUAUAUAGUUUAAUAAUCUGCUUGGGUGUAAUUUGCCAAGCUUGAAUUCUUUAAUGCAUUUGCAUAAAUUCUAUACUGUUUAGAGCUUAAAGCUACAGAAGCAUUAUUAGGAAUUGCUUGGACACUGAAUUUUAAACUUUUUGACAUUGUUAACAAGCAUGUUCAUGUUUUCUUGUCACUAGUUCAAGAAAAAUAUGCUUAAUGUACAUCACUAAAGGCUAUGUAUGUGUUAACCUGUUUUAAUGCCAAAAGUUUGCUAUUUGUCCACAAUUUCUUUAAGACCUGUUCAGAAAAGGAUUUGUUUGCCUUAAUGAAUACUGUUGGGUAAAAACACAAUAUAAUGAGUGAAAUGGGCACAUGCAAGAAUUGCCUACACCUAAGCAACUCCAAGAAGAAGGAAUGUCCACAUGCAGAUGGCACAUUAUGAGGACUUUAAUCUUUCCUUAAACACAAUAAUGUUUUCUUUUUCUUUUAUUCAUAUGAUUUCUAAGUAUAUUUUUCAUGCAGGACAGUUUUUCAACCUUGAUGUACAGUGACUGUGUAAAAUUUUUCUUUCAGUGGCAAACUAUAAUCUUUAAAAUAUGGUAAGCAUCUUGUCUGUUUUGAAGGGGAUAUGACAAUAAACCUACCAGAUGGAAAAUCCUGUUAAAAAGUAGAAAAGCUUUAGUAAUUGACGCAGUGUGGUGGUUUUAUCCUUUUUUUCUUUUUCUCCCUUGGUCUAUAAUGAAAUUGUUAUAGCAGUGCAAAAUAAAAUCCUAUGUAUAAAA